AUGGAAGAGCUCACCCGCGACUUCGAUCUCAUGCGCAUCGAUUGCGACGCAGAUUCAAUUGAAGACGGCUCAGAGGCUGGCCAGCCCGGAGCUGACCGGCCAAACCUCGGUUUUCCUGCCUUUCCUCUCUCUGCCGAAUGUUUCAAGGGACUCCGUAACGUCUUCCAGCUCUUCCUUCCGGCAGGGUUCCAACAUGCAGACGGCCAACUGACCGGACCAGGAACCGCGCGCCUCGCAGACGGUGCAGGACUCCGGCAGUCGUCGCCCCCUUCUCCAUCAACCAACACCAUUGCUAGCCGAAGCCCUUCCCUGCCCCAGCAGGGAAGCGGCAGUGCCAGUGGCACGUCCUUGCCGACACUGAUCUUCCAACCUGUUUACAUAGCGGGCAACGUCCAGGUAUCCUUCAACGGUUCAAGCCACAGCCAGUAA